GACUGGACUAUUGCUGUUUCUGCUCUUCAUCGUGAUGCGGGAACCUCUUCUGACCGCAGCAUGUGACAGCCGCUGUGCAACAUUCUGCAGCUGCAGUAGUAAAGGCCUCGGUAGCGUUCCCCAAGAUUUACCUAUGGAUAUCAUUAGUCUAGACCUGCAGGAAAACGGCAUCAGUGUCCUUAGUCAGUCUGAUUUCUCCAGGUACACAAAAUUGCAACAUCUUAUUCUGAACACCAACAAGAUAGCUAACAUUCGGUCUGGUCAAUUCUUAAGUCUACCCGGUUUGAAGACGUUGUCCUUGUACCACAACAAGAUAACGAAAAUCCCGCCCGGCGCAUUCUCAGGUCUUCCCCAGCUACAAACAUUAUACCUUUUCUUCAACAAGAUAACCAUCAUUCAGUCUGAUGCAUUUGUAGGUCUAGCCCAGCUGAAUUGUUUGUACUUGUUUUCCAACGAUAUAAGUAACAUUCAAUAUGAUGCAUUCUCACAUUUGCCUCAGCUAAAACAACUCUACCUGUACAACAACAAGAUUACAAAUAUUCAACCUGGUAUACUCUCAAAUCUAUCACAGCUAAAAGAUUUAGAUCUAUCCCGCAACCAGAUAACUGGCAUUAUGACCGGUGUAUUUUCAAAUCUAGCAAAGCUGCAAAAUCUGAACCUCAACUCUAACCAAAUAACUGAAAUUGAAUCUGGUACAUUUUUAGGUCUACCCAAACUAAAAAUCUUGGCUCUUUCCAACAACAGCAUAACUAACAUCUACCCGGGUGCGUUGUCAGCGUUUUCAGAUUUACAUAAGCUCAUAAAUUUGGAUCUGUCAUACAACCAGAUUAGAAACAUUCAGUCCGGUGCAUUCUCAGGUCUCUCCCGGCUUGAACGCCUGUCACUAUCCUUCAACCGGAUAGUUGACGUUCAGAUUGGCUCAUUCUCGCACUUUAACCAACUUCAACGACUGUCCCUGGACAACAACCUAAUGAAAGUUGUCCCAUCGUACAAUGAACUAUCACCUAUCCCACGUGUAGACCUUUACAAUAACUCUUGGCAGUGCGAUUGUAGGAUGGCUCCGUUCAAGCAAAAUAUAUCCGAGUCUCGCUCACUUGUGAAACAAAUCCUUUGUGAAGGACCUGGGAAGUUUGUCGGACAGAAGCUCGAAUUCAUAAAUCCAGCAGAUCUUGUAGUAUGUAAAGAACCAAAAAUCGUGAGUUUCGAACAGGUUGAACGCAACACAUUUGAACAGGGGGAGACAUUUGUUUUAGUUUGUAGAGCUUCAGGAAUUCCGACACCAUACAUCACAAUUAUCCUUCCAUCCGGACGAAACGUUACUCCUGAUUCAGAUGGGAGACUGACUGAAGACGCGAAAGGUGCAGCCUUCACACGAGAAGUAACCGCAUCAAAUGCUGGUCUGUAUGUCUGCGUUGCAUCAAAUUUUGUCGGGUUGCCUCUGUUACACUACCUCUUGGUUUUCGAAGCCCAGCAUCAGUUUCCCCUAAAUCCACAUCUACCGCAUUGUUGACAUAUUCUCCACCCAGAAAUACUAAAAGUAGUAACGACUGGAUACUCUAUCCUCUGCCUGUUCUCAUUGGUAUUGCAGCAGGUAUAUUCGGCAGUCCCUUGCUUAUAUAUUGUUUCAUUUAUUUCUUCAUUAUAAGAAAUAGCAAUUUGAAAGAACAUUCCCCAGCUGCCAACAAUGGUAACACAGAUGGCCGUGUAAAUACUGUAUCCUCCGAUCUUGCGUCUGGGCAACACAUAAACGUUUAUGAGAAUGAUGAUGAUGUAGAAAUGUCUGGUAAUACUUUAGCUGGGAUAGAUACUAACAUUUACGAGAAUGACGAUGAGGAAGAAAUGUCUGGUAAUAUUUUAGCUGGGAUAGAUACUAACAUUUACGAGAAUGACGAUGAGGAAGAAAUGUCUGGUAAUAUUUUAGCUGGGAUAGAUACUAACAUUUACGAGAAUGACGAUGAGGAAGAAAUGUCUGGUAAUAUUUUAGCUGGGAUAGAUACUAUCAUUUAUGAGGAUGAUGAUGAGAUAAAAAUGGCGGCUAAUGCUGAAGAUGGGAUAAACACUGACAUUUAUGAAAAUGAUGAAGAUGUUGUAAUAUCUAGUAAUGCUGAAGACACUAACACAUAUACAAAUGAUGAUGAGGUAGAAAUAUCUACUAAUGCUGUAGGUACAGUAGACUCAAUCAUUAAUCAGACUUAUAAUGAGCCAGGAAUAGCUGCUACUCCUGAAGCUAUACCGGAUAAUUCUGAUGAUAGACAAAACGAUCAGACGUCCAUGUAUGACAGGGAAAAGGAGAAGGCAUCUGUCACAUCUCGGUUGAUCUAUAAGAGUUAGAUAGCAGUAUUUACCAAAUGGGACCUCUGCUUUUGGUCUAAGUCGCAUUUUCAAACCGUGGCCGUCAGAGCAGCUUUUGGGAACGAAAAGUAUUAUUUAAAAGAGACAAAAGAUGUAAAGAGA